UUUCUCAGCGAUAGUUCCCGAGUUCCCGAGCAGAAGUAGAGCUGGUGCCGCGCGCGUGUGUGUGCGUCUGCGCGCGUGUUGGAGUUUUCCUCUUAGCGUCGCGUCCCGUCAGUGAAGCCCGGCGGACCGACCUCACCACCCGCCAUGUGGGCGUCGCGCCCGCACAGAGAGCAGGCUCGCCCUGCUCGGGGGUCUAACUGCUGAGCAUGCUGGGUAAAGCACCACCAAGUACGAGUAGACUCAACCUGGUGAAGUCUGAGGUGUCUGGCGGCUCAGCGGACGCAGCGGACGGCAUCACGAUGGCCGACCUCAUGGAGAGCCUGGAUACCAGAGAGCUGGACAUGGGGGAGGCUGAGGAGAACGACUGUGAUGGGAACCUGGGGGACUGUCGUAUCCCAUUCUCAGCGGUGUAUGCCACAGUGGGCUUUAAGGAGCCCGACGCUAAGGUCUACCUGCCCACAGUGCCCAUCACUGCCCGGAUACAGGAGGUGGAGCGCUUCACCGCCGCACAGGACCGCUUCAACCUGUCGCACCAAAGGAGCGUCAACAAGUCUCUGCCGGCGGUGUUUAAGAUCGAGCUGAAGCACGGUGAGUUCACCUGGGUGGUCAAGAGGAAGGAGAAACACUUCAUGGAGCUGCACAGAGAGCUGAGAACCUACAAGACCUUCAUGAGGAUCCCGCUGCCAUCGCGCAGCCACACAGUGAGGAGGAGGACGGCGAGGAAGAGCGAGGUGAGGGAGAUGCCCUCCCUGCCGAGGGGGGGGGGGGACGAGCUGGUGCGCGAUGAGCAGGUCUCCAGCAGGAGGAGACAAUUAGAAGACUAUUUGAACAAGCUGCUGAGGAUGGCAAUGUACCGCAAAUAUCACCAUACUAUGGAGUUCAUUGACAUCAGCCAGCUGUCUUUCAUUCAUGACUUGGGGCCCAAAGGACUAGAAGGGAUGAUCUAUAAGCGCUCAGGAGGACAUCGUAUCCCCGGCAUGAACUGCUGUGGUCACAGCCCGGCCUGCUACCGCUGGUCCAAACGCUGGCUGGUGGUGAAGGACUCGUGCCUGCUGUACAUGAAGCCAGACUCGGGGGCGAUCUCCUUCGUCCUCCUGGUGGAUAAAGAGUUCAGCAUCAAGAUGGACUCCAAAGACACAGAGCACAAAUAUGGAGUGCGGAUUGAAAGCCUCUCCAGGACCCUGGUGUUUAAGUGCAGCAGCUACAGACACGCGCGCUGGUGGGGCCAGAGCAUCGAGAGCUUCGUGAGGAGUCACGGGAAGCCUUUCCUCCGAGAUCACCGCUGCGGAUCGUUUGCACAGGAGCAGGAAAACAUUCCCGCCAAAUGGUACGUGAACGGAAAGACGUACAUGGAGGACGUGGCGGAUGCUUUGGAGGAGGCUAAAGAGGAAAUCUUCAUCACCGACUGGUGGCUGAGUCCAGAGAUCUUCCUAAAGAGACCCGUGGUGGAGGGAAACCGGUGGAGGCUGGACUGCACCCUGAAACGCAAAGCCCAACAGGGAGUGCGUAUCUUUGUGAUGUUGUACAAGGAGGUGGAGCUCGCCCUGGGCAUAAAUUCAGGCUACAGCAAGAGGACCCUCUCACACCUGCACCCCAACAUCAAGGUGAUGCGUCAUCCAGAUCACGUGUCCUCCUCCGUGUAUCUGUGGGCGCAUCACGAGAAGAUCGUCGUCGUUGACCAAUCAGUGGCCUUCGUGGGCGGGAUAGACCUGGCGUACGGUCGCUGGGACGACAGCGAGCAUCGGCUGACAGAUGUCGGCAGCGUGACGCGCUCGGUGGCCCUCGAGCAGGCCGCCUCCACCAACGCUCCGUCCGGUAGGGCCGCGGCCUCCGCCGAUGCCGUCUCCAGGAGCAACGGACGAGGGACGCUGCCCGGGGAUCAGGUUGACCUGCCCAAGCUGAAGGGCGUGGGACGCAGCCGCAAGGCGCGCUUCAGUCUGUACAAACACCUGCACAAACAUACUCUGCAGCACGCAGACAGCGUCAGCAGCGUCGACAGCGCAGGGAGCGGUUCGGUGCAAAGCCUCAAGACAGGUGUUGGAGAGUUACAGGGAAACACACGCUUCUGGCAUGGAAAAGAUUACUGCAACUUUGUCUACAAGGACUGGAUCCAGUUGGAGAAACCUUUCGACGACUUCAUCGACAGGUACACCACUCCCAGGAUGCCUUGGCAUGACAUCGCCUCAGUGGUUCAUGGCAGGGCAGCGCGGGAUGUGGCCAGGCACUUCAUCCAGCGCUGGAACUUCACUAAGAUCAUGAAGCCAAAGUACCGCUCCCUGUCUUAUCCGUUCCUGCUGCCCAAGUCUCACUCCAGUGCCGAUGACCUCAGAUACCAAGUUCCUGACUGUGUCAACGCCAGAGUGCAGGUGUUGCGGUCUGCAGCAGAUUGGUCUGCAGGUAUAAAGUACCACGAGGAGUCCAUCCACACUGCCUACGUCCACGUCAUCGCUAAGAGCAAACACUACAUCUACAUCGAGAACCAGUUCUUCAUCAGCUGUGCCGACAACAGGACGGUCUACAACAAGAUCGGAGACGCCAUCAUUGAAAGGAUCCUUCGAGCUUACAAGGAGGGUAAGAAGUACCGCGUGUACGUGGUCACGCCGCUGCUCCCGGGAUUUGAGGGGGAUAUCACCACGGGAGGAGGGAACGCCAUUCAGGCCGUCAUGCACUUCAACUACAGAACCAUGAUCAGAGGAGAAUACUCCAUCAUCUCUCAGCUGAAAAAGGAGAUGGACGACCAUUGGAUGAACUACAUCUCCUUCGCCGGCCUGCGGACUCACACCGAGCUGGAGGGGCGCCUGGUCACAGAGCUCAUCUACGUGCACAGCAAGAUGCUCAUCGCCGAUGACAACACGGUCAUCAUCGGUUCCGCUAACAUCAACGACAGAAGCAUGCUGGGUAAACGCGACAGCGAGGUGGCGGUGAUCGUCGAGGACUCUGAAAAGGUGGCCGGAGUGAUGGACGGACAGGAGUACGAAGCUGGACCCUACGCGCUUCAGCUCCGCCUCGAGUGCUUCCGAACCGUCCUCGGAGGUCACACGGACUCUAGCAUCGACAUGUCCGACCCCAUCAGUGAUCGCUUCUACAAGGAGGUGUGGAUGACCACCGCUGGACGCAACGCCACUAUAUAUGAGAAGGUGUUUCGCUGCCUUCCAUCGUCCCUGGUGAGGAACAUGUCCGAGCUGGAGCAGUACCAGUCCAAACCAGGUUUGGCUCAGACCGACUUGGCCCGCGCUCAGGAGGAGCUGCGCAAGAUCCGAGGCUUCCUGGUCCAGUUUCCUCUGGACUUCCUGUCCGAGCAGAACCUCAUGCCCUCUGUUGGAACGAAGGAGGCCAUGGUCCCAACUGAGAUUUGGACUUAAAAGGAAGUGCCGCGGCUGCCAGCCACUUGCACAUCCGAAUUUAUUUCUUGGAUUAUGGUUGUCGCCGCAUGUGUAAUAUCAGAUUAUUAGAGAGAUUGCUUUUAAUCCUCUGGAUCGAUCUGACUGCUGGACGUCGACAAAUCUCUGUUUCUUAUACAAAAACACUGAACUGUAGUGACAGUUUAUUUGUGGUUGGCGUUAACACUUUUGGGAUGUAUGGAGAAGAGAACGUUGUAGCACUUGAGGACAAUAUUUAUGAGAGAUGAGAAACAAGGACACAUGAACUUUGGGUUUUGGGAAUCAACUCUUUGGACUGUCGGAAAAGCUCAUAAAACCGCAAGGACGUCAAAGGAUGGAGGCGGUAGUGACAUUUUUCACGGUGACACUAACAAAUAUUUAUCUUAGUUCAAAAUGAUCACGCCGAGUCUGAUCGUAAGCUUUGACUGCCGUUUUAUUUGUUGGGACAAGUUUCUAAGCAGCAGCGGUCUACGAUCUCAGAUGCAUCUUAAGGAUCUUUAUUUUUAAACAAAUCCAAAAUCAUGCGAUCGGUCUUUGCUGUGCAGUACAGUGACAAUUUCACUGAUAAGACAGUGGUGCAUGAUUUGAACAAAUGUGCUACAAUGCAUGUACCAAUCCAUCUCUGAUUAAACCCUCAGAGACAUUGGGUUUUCUUUGAAAGGUGUUUUGUGACUUGGUUAUAAGGAUGUGAGGUCUGAACAUCACUGCGGAGUAUUGAGAAGACGGCGUGUGCAGCUGACCCAGGUCCAAACGUGCAUUCAUCACGGUUACACCCUGCUAUGUUCAGAGGGGGCAGUGGACACUGCUCAUUGCAGAGGAUGGUUGAUUAAAAGGCUGCAGAGUGACAUGUUGAUGCUAGUGGUGAAUACCAGAGGCUGAACAGAGACAAUCAGCUCACAAAUUCAAAAGAGCCGUUUCCUCUUUGCUCAACAGAUGGUGCUAUUCUACUACUGUUGGUGUACAGCAGUCCAAUAUGGGCCUUUUAGAUAUCCUGUCUACUUUUCUUAGUCUUGUUGCGUCUUUCUUCAAAGUGCUAAAAUACAGUCUUUGAAAACAAUGUAAACAGAGAUAUUGAAAUCAACUGUUUGCAUAUAGCAUGCAAUUGAUGCCAGAGGCAAAGCUGCCAUGUGAAGAUACAGUUUGAAAGUGCUCGUUUCGUUUCCAGUUUGCUGGCAGUUGAUUUUCUUGACAAACUUUUAAUGGGACUAUAAAUUGCCUGCUUCUGUCAAGGGGAAACUAAGUUUUUCUUUAGAUUCUUAUGAAAUGUGAGAACUACAUUGUGGGGAAAUGUACGUAUUUUGUAGACGUCAAUGUGUGGUAUCCAUGGUAACUGAUUUGUUUUGAUUUUAUGGAUUUCUUUGCGUUUAUUAGUCAAUUUUUUUUUUCAAGGCAAGUCGGCACAAGCUCCAGCAGCAGUGGCAAAAACAUGUGAAGUUAAAGAACCACUCCUUUUUACCCCAGCUGGGCUCAGUCAUCAAAACAAUUCCAUAGCAAGCGUUUGGUUCAUCAUUCCCUUGAAAGUCAUGAAACACGACGUCCCCAGGGGCUGUUGGAGGAAUGCUCCCUGUAAAUCAAUAAAGAUAAACCGCUUUAUUUA